CUCUCCCAUCCCAUACACGCAGAGUUCAUAGAACAAGCUAGUUAUUUUAUCCGAUCUAAAGCUACUUUACUCCCUGAAUCGCGUCCCAGUUUGUUCCGAAGGCAACCUUGAACUUCACUACUAGAGAUCUACCGAACCCCUUCAAUAACAACGCCAUUUGUCUAAAUUUGAGUCAAAUGGCAGCAUCGCGCUGGGACAGACUCGCCCUUCGAGUCGCAGGAACCGAAGCAGCUUCGAUCCCUGUCUUCCUCUACGGAACCGCCUGGAAGAAAGACCGGACCGCUGACCUGGUCUACCAGGCGCUUUGCAACGGGUUUACGGCCAUCGAUACCGCUGGCCAGCCCAAACACUAUCGAGAAGACCUUGUAGGGGAAGGAAUAAGACGGGCUAUUUCCGAAGGCAAAGUGAAGCGGGAGAAUAUCUUUAUUCAAACAAAGUACACCUCCAUUGGCGGUCAGGAUCCGGAUAAUAUGCCUUACAAUCCUGCAUCUUCGAUUACAGAGCAAGUCCACGCCUCAAUAAAAUCAUCUCUCAGAAACCUCCGGCCCUUAGACGACCCAAGCUCCAAGGACAAAACGUAUCUUGACGCUCUUGUCUUACAUUCCCCGCUUCCCACCAUGGAGCAGACCCUAGAGGCCUGGGCCGCAUGCGAAGAGUACGUUCCCGACAAGAUCAGGCACCUGGGCAUUUCCAAUUGUACACUUCCCGUCCUCUCCGCUCUCCAUCGGACGGCCAGAGUGAAACCCGCAGUUGUACAAAAUCGGUUCUAUCGUGACACACACUUUGAUGGUCCGGUGCGUCAAUAUUGCAGAGAGAACUCAAUCAUAUACCAGUCCUUCUGGACGUUGACGGCCAAUCCGGAUCUAGUCUACUCUGAGCCUGUGGGGGUGUUAGCACAGCAAGUAGGGAUCAGUCCACAAGCCGCCCUGUAUUGUUUUGUGUUGGGACUUGGGAAUACUGUGAUUUUGAACGGGACGAAGAAUGAGGGGAGAAUGGUUGCUGAUCUUCAAGCUCCAAAAAAGGUCGAACGGUUCUCAACGGAGCAACCGGAAGUAUGGGAAAAGCUGCAGAAGGGAUUCGGUGCUCUUAUCGGAGAAUCGGGUGGCUAACUAGUUGUCCAGCUCACCGGUGGCAGCGCCACAGGCUCGA